AUGAUUGUAAUGCCGCCGACGUCAGACCAUCCUGUCGGCCAGCAGCUUGCUCCCUUCAUCGGUAUAUACUUUCGCUACAAGACUCGACAUCUGCAAUCAGUUGCAAUCACUCUUUUUCUUCUCCCAAGAGGCUUUGUGAUUAUUUCGCACUGCUUGAUAUCCCUCGGCAGGACUACCGAUAGCAGAGGAUUAUUUGCAUUAAAGCUUUGGCAUGACGCAACGGGCAUGGGCCCGAGGGACAUGACUUUAGACGACUGUUGCGAGGAUUCAGAUGCAAUACAUUUGGCCGUGAAACGCCCAUGUGAAGCGCUCUGUCUGUGCAGUUCUCUGGGACUGGUACGUGAAGAUUGCCAACUCAAGGCGGUGACUGACCACGAAGAGGAAGUUGUCCACGGUCUGAGUCCUGACAUCGAGAUGACCGAGACCAGAAACAGCUCAUCCUGUGCCCCAACACAGGCCAUUGGCAUCAAAAGUUCAAACCAGAGGGUUUCUAUUGGAGGCCCGAGCCGGCUAGUUUUUCAUGUCGUGCGGGAUACAUAUCGUUGCGCAGCAGUAGGAGUCAUUCUAUCAGCCUACCAACUGGAAAACGAGCGAAGCGCCCAAGUCACCAGAUGUCACAUCCAAGUUUCGCACUUGCCAGCUGCCGCCUAG